CUUGAGUCUACAACACAGGGGUCGGCAGACACACGGCAGCUCUCAUGUGAGAAACAAGUCGCUACUUUGAGAGAACCUCAGUGCACACUUAAUGUGUGAACCAGAACCGUGAGGAUAGUUUGAGACUUUUAUUUUGGACAUACUGUGGAUAAUACUCCGUGGACUCCAGUGGGACAGCUGUCUAUCUCUCAAACACUCUCCGGUAACAACGUAAGCAUGGCAGCAGCCACUACAUGACUGGAGUGUAGAAGUGACAGUGUGGAAGGAUUUAUCAACAAAAGGAAGGCGGAGAGGAAGAGGAGAGCGAGUGUUAAAGGAGAUUGGACACUUCUUGCCAUCAGAGGAGAUGGGUGAGACGGAGGAUGAGCGUACAGCGCAGGCCAGUGUGCUCUUUGAAAACUUUGUUCAAGCUUCCACCUGUAAAGGGACUCUGCAGGCCUUCAGCAUCCUCUGCAGGCAGCUCCAACUGGAUCCUCUGGACUACAGUAACUUCUACAGUUCACUGAAAGCUGCAGUCAGCACCUGGAAGGUCAAGGCCCUUUGGACCAAACUGGACAAAAGGGCACAACAGAAGGUCUACAACCAGAACAAAGCAUGCAAAGACACCAGGUGUCUGAUCAUCGGUGGGGGUCCAUGUGGUCUGCGGACAGCCAUUGAGCUGGCCCUGUUGGGCUGUAAGGUGGUUGUGAUCGAGAAGAGAGACAGCUUCUCCAGAAACAAUGUGCUUCAUCUCUGGCCCUUCACCAUCCAUGACCUCAGGGGCCUCGGUGCCAAGAAGUUCUAUGGAAAGUUCUGUGCUGGCUCCAUCGACCACAUCAGCAUCCGCAAUCUCCAGCUGAUGCUGCUGAAAGUGAGUCUAAUUCUGGGAGUGGAGAUUCACGUCAAUGUGGAGUUUGUUAAACUUCUGGAGCCGCCAGCGGAGCAGACUGACGACAGUCCUGGUUGGCGAGCAGAAGUUCAUCCCUCCAGCCAUGUGGUCUCAGACUUUGAUUUUGAUGUUAUAAUCGGAGCUGACGGACGGAAGAACACCUUAGACGGUUUUAGUCGCAAAGAGUUUCGAGGGAAAUUGGCCAUCGCCAUCACGGCAAACUUUGUCAACAGGAACACCACAGCAGAGGCCAAAGUGGAGGAGAUCAGUGGGGUGGCCUUCAUCUUUAACCAGAAGUUUUUCCUGGAACUCAAGGACGAGACGGGAAUUGACCUAGAGAAUAUAGUUUACUACAAAGACAACACCCACUACUUUGUCAUGACGGCCAAGAAGCUGAGUCUGCUGGACAAAGGGGUCAUCAUCAAUGAUUACAUAGAAACGGAGCGGCUGCUGAGCCUGGACAAUGUCAACCAGGAAGCGUUGCUCUCCUACGCCCGUGAAGCAGCUGACUUUGGCACAAACUACCAGCUGCCAUCGCUGGACUACGCCAUCAACCACUAUGGACAACCAGAUGUUGCCAUGUUCGACUUUACCAGCAUGUACGCCUCAGAGAACGCCGCCUUGUUCCGGGAGAAACAUGGACAUCAGCUGGUGGUUGCACUGGUGGGAGAUAGUCUGCUUGAGCCCUUCUGGCCGAUGGGUACUGGUUGUGCUCGGGGCUUUCUCGCAGCCUUUGACACUGCCUGGAUGGUGAAGGGCUGGACACAAGGCAAGAGUCCCCUGGAGACACUGGCUGAGAGGGAGAGUCUCUACCGGCUGCUACCUCAGACCACCACGGAGAACAUCAGUAAAAACUUUGAACAGUACUCCAUUGAUCCUGGUACCCGCUACCCCAACCUCAACUCCAGCUGUGUACGCCCACAUCAGGUGCGUCAUCUGUUCAUUGAUGGCCAGGAGUCCUUGUGCCAGCUGGAAGUAGGAGGACCUCGACGUAGAUCUGUGAACUUAUCCAGAAGAGACUCUGAUGUGCGUCCUGGCCGGCUGCUGACCUGGUGUCAGAAGCAGACUCAAGACUACAGGGGGGUCAACGUCACCAACCUCACAUCCUCCUGGAAGAACGGCCUGGCCCUCUGUGCUCUCAUACACCGCCAGAGGCCAGACCUCAUUGACUUUGACUCUUUGAACGAGGAGGACAUGGCAGAGAACAACCAGCUGGCAUUUGACGUGGCCGAGCGGGAGUUUGGCAUCCAGCCAGUGACGAGGGGAAAGGAGAUGGCUGCAGAGGCCGAACCAGACAAGCUGCUGAUGGUUCUCUACCUCUCCAAGUUCUACGAGACUUUCAGGAACACCACAGGAAACAACAACGGUUCAAGGCAACCAGAUGAGAACAGCGAGGAAUAUCCAGCUAAAUCAAAUAAGAAGCAGGCUCAGCCCAGGAAGAGGAUACCCAGGGACGACAAGAAGCUGGAGGAAGAUUCAGUUCACAAGAGACGGCGGAAAGGCAACCACUACCUCACAGAGCUGUCUUGUCACAGUGCCCCACCUGCUGGUGAGGAUGGAGAGCUGCGUGAGAACAAGGUCCGCUCCAUGGCAACUCAGCUGCUGGCUAAGUUUGAGGAGAACUCGACAGGAAAGACGAGCAACAAGUCUGAUGAGGACCCAUCUGAUCCCUCUUUCUAUCCGUCUGAGUCCCCUUCCACCACUCCACUUCCUCUCUCUGAGGAGGAGGAGGAGGAGGAGGACCGACAAAACCCCCGUUUUGCGAAACCAAAGGAAGUCCCCUCUCCUCCUCCCCUGCCUCCCACUCGCCCCAAGUGGCAGCCUUCCAUCUACCUUCGCUUACUGGAGAAUCCCAGUGCUGUGGCUCAGGAAACCAGUUUCCUCUGUACCCCUAAAUGCUCUCCUUCUCAGGGCAACUACAGUCGCUCUCCUUCACCCUCGCGCUCUGAGAGCCCAUUAAGUCCUUCCCGUUCACCGAGCCCUAAAGUAACUAAGCAUUACAUCCCAGAAUGCACCUCUCCUCACCAGAGAAACAGUCAGCUUUCUGCUUGGGAUAAUGAUCAUUCCUCGGUCAGGUCAGAGGAGUCAUUGCAGCAGAGUAAAGACAAGAGACUGACUACAAGAGAGUAUUCUGGACAGAGUAUAAAAGACAGAGCCGUCCUCCUCUCCUCCAUGUUUCCGGGCUCUAAAAAACCUCCUUCUGCUUCUUUGUCUCCUCCACCUGAUUCACAGGUGGAACCCUCUAUCACCUCUCCUACAUUGUCCCCUCAUCCUUCUCCUUCUGCCUCUUUCUCUAAGAGCUCCAGUGCCUACCCCCUCGUCCAUCCUGUCCCUGACCCCACUGCUCAGGCUGGUUUCUCCUCUGUCCGCUUGCACACUGCUGGACACAAGAAGCACAAAGACUCCUCUCCUCCUUCAACCCUCUCUGUCUCUAAAAGAACAGAUCACAUGUCUUCUCUUCAUGUUGAGUCCUCAGCAUACAACAACAGAACACCUGCUGCACUUACCUCAGCUUGCUUUGAUGAAACCUCCUCGCCCCCCCUCUCUGAUAGAAAGAGUAGAACUGCCGUGCACAAUGAACAUUUGGAGAGGACAAAUGAAAUCUCUCGAAACAAGCAGAAGAAGAUCCACAGAGCUGCUCAGGAGACAUUUGACAAUAAGAAAUUAGCUGAGGAUGAUCACAUGAAGCCCAGUGGGAGCUGUGCUCUUGAGAGCCCAACAAGAUUGUCUCAUAAGUCAAUAAAUCGCUCUGAGAGUUGUCCGACUGGAGCUGCUAGUUACAUGAAAGAGCGUACAGUUGGAAAGGUAUCAUCGGCCAUAGAUGCUAAAGCUCAGCUGCUGGCCGUCCUUUAUGAGACGGACCACAGGCCCAAUGCCAUGCCGUGCGUGGUGCGUAAGGAUUUCCCUCCCGGCCUCGGUGGCAGUGACAUUUGCCACUUCUGCACCAAGCGGGUGUACGUGAUGGAGAGGCUGAGCGCUGAGGGUUACUUCUUUCACAGAGAGUGUUUCCGUUGUGAUGUCUGCAACUGCACCCUCCGGCUUGGAGGGCACACCUUUGAUUCACAGGAGGGGAAGUUCUACUGCAAGAUGCACUAUGCCCUGCAUCAAACCAGCACUAACACAGGGAGAUUCAGAAGGAGAAUGGAAGACCAAAGCCGUGUCAAACCCUCGCCUCUGGCCAGUGGGAGCUACUCAGUGAUUGGCAGCGUCCAGAUUCAGCCCUCAGCCAAGGUGACCAGCUUACAUCCAGAGCAGCUUGAUAAACAUCCGAAAAGACUUCCUGAAGACACAGAGAUGGCUGUUGAAGCUCUAGAUGAUUCCUGUAUAGCAGAAACCACAGCUCAGGAUACUACAGGAGACCUGGACCAGGAGAGUACCAAAGCCUUCCCUCUGAUCCUCAAGCACUUCCAGAGUAGCCGGUCCAAGGACAGAGCUGGACCUGAGACCGUCCCUGAAGCUGACCCAGACUUUGAGGAGAUCACCUCAGCAGAAAAACAAACUAACCACAAUGGCAGUUCUGACACACCAGCAGAUACCAAGAAUUCCUCCGAGGGAAGUGAGAAGAGUGGAGAGCGCUCAGCUACAAUGAAGCUCGUCUGCAACUCGUCCUCCCCAAAGAAACGUUUGAUGUUAUCUCUAACUGAGAAAGAGAAGCUUCUCAACUGGGACAUGCCGGCCGCGCCAGAGGAAAGCAUGAGUAAUGCAAACAACAAAAACACACAUGAACUUCAAGUUCAAGCAGAGACAGAAGCAGAUAAGCUUCAGACGGACUCCAGCCAGGACGGGCAAGCUCCCCAGAGCCAACCCUCUGCCUCAUCAGCCUCCACCUUCCAGCUUAUAGCCAACGCCUUCAGGAGGACGUUCAGUGUGGCCAAUCCCUCCAGCAGCUCCAACCAUGAAGUCCCAAUCAGGCCCAAACGUGAAGGCAACCGCAAACAGAGGCCAUUGUCAAUGGGAGCCGCAGGCCUCACUUCCCUCUUCAGCAACGUGGGUCCAGAGCCAUCCAGAGAUGAAAACAAGACUGACAAGAGUGAAUCUCAAUUGGCGUCUGUUGGGGGCAAUCCAUGGGAGGCGGGGCAGGACCUGCCAUCACUGUUGCAGAGUGUCUCACUUAGGGGCCGCAGAAGCUCCGGAGGGCUAUUCUCCGAUGACAUGGCCUCUUUGCCCCGCAAGAGGGUCAACUUGUUUUCAUCUCUGAGGCUGAAAAAGAGUAAGGAGUCAGAAAAAGAGGGGCAGGACCAGGAAGUGCAAAAGGAAAUUAUGACUAUACUCACCAACCUCAGUAACAAAGCAUCAAGUCAACAGAACCUGGAAGAUCCUUCCUCGAGUGACGAUGAACUCGAAAACAUGACAUCCAAUCAGAAGCUGUGUACGGAGAGACUGAGGAGGAAGCAGGAGAAGAUGGUGGCCCAGCAGGCUAAAAGAGAGCAGCUGAAGAGGUUACACAGAGCUCAGACCAUACAGAGGCAACUAGAGGAAGUUGCAGAAAAACAGAGAGAUCUAGAAGAGCGAGGAGUGGCUAUAGAAAAGACCAUAAGAGGAGAAACAGAAUCGUCUCCGUCAGAUGACAGUGAAGAGGCCCAGCUCUAUCAGACCUGGUUCAAACUGGUUCUGGAGAAGAACAGAAUGGCACGCUACGAGUCUGAACUCAUGAUCUUCGCCCAGGAGCUUGAACUGGAGGACACACAGAGCCGACUGCAGCAAGAACUAAGGCACCGAAUGGCUGUUGAAGAUACAAAGAAAAGCGCAUCUGAGCUGCAGGAGGAGCAGGAGAUGCUGUCAGAGAUUAUGAGGACGGUGGAGAAGCGAGACAUGCUGGUGUCUAUUCUGGAGGAGCAGAGGCUAAAGGAGAGGGCUGAGGACAGGGACCUGGAGAGCCUUAUAUUAUUCAAGGGUUAUGAGUUUAACUGGGGCCAGUCAGUUGACAGCUGGGGGUAGGAGACGCUGAACUAAAGGAUACAUGUUGAGACCUUCAUUGUUGAAGAAUGUAAUGGAUUGAAAACUUCUUAAAACACUUUUUCAAUGAAACAGGCCAAUAUCUUACCACAUUUUAUGUCUUGCUUUUUUCCAUUAAGCUACAAAUAUAGAGGAAAUGUUUUAAGAAUGUGAUGUAAUGAAGCUCUUUGUGCAUAUUCAUCCUCCGAAAUUCAGCAGGGCUUCCUCUAGUCUCACUUUUUGCUGUUUGCUGAGCUAAGAGAGGAAUGGAAAUGGAGCCUUUCUUUUAUAGCCAUGGUGGCUAACAAUGUGUUCAGAAGUGCAAUUUGUCCCCAACACUGAAAACUGGAUGUUUAAUAGACUUAACCACUCUCAAUAUUGGCGUGCCUUGUAAAAAGUGUUCUCACACCUCAUAAACAAAACUGUUUGGUUGCAUGCUUUAAGCAUGGAGUUUUUGUAACGGGUUUGUUGUUAUUGUAGCACUGAAAUGCCUCACUAGAUAACACAUAAAGUGACUCAACAUGUUCCCUUUAGGUUUAGUGUUUUGCACAUGUUUAGUUUUAAACUGUCAUAAAUCCAGAGAUUUGCUUUAUGUCAUUCACUGUAAGUCACUUUGUAGCAAGGCCAUUUGUGUUAACAUUCACAUUAAUAUUGUUUAUUUUUCACUUUGUGCAUUAACACUGUCCAAUAAAGUCUGAAUAUACAUUUAGACCAAGACACCAUUAAACACAGGAUACGAUUAUUUUAUGCCAUAUACUUGUUGUCAGCUGCUAAAA